AUGUCACGUUCACGGUAUCUUUUACAGCGUUCGUCCGGGCGAGGAGGCGCCGGAAACAUUCGCCCUUCCUCUAUUUCCCAUGAAUAUUCAUCUGCCCGCCUUGAUGGUCCAAACGACUUCUCUGUGACGAGAGGGAGGGAACCACGUCCCUCUGUCGUCGCUGAUCAGGUGGUAUCCACCGGCCGUGGAGGAGUCGGCAACAUACGCUCUCCAUCUCGAGAUAUCACAGUCGAUGGCCUAGCGCGCCCACUAUGUGCGGAGAACGGUAUCAAACAAACAGAGUAUGAAGACACCUUGAUUCGCAGCAGCGACGAAGCCCGCACCUCUGGACCUCACUCAUCGGGCCGUGGCGGUGUCGGCAACAUCACUCGUUCUCCAGUGCAUGCUCAGCCUCAGCCACAGCCUCGAUCGCGCUCCCGUUCGUGCGGGCCGCAGGCCUCGCCCACAUUGAAAGUGGCUAGUCCCACCUUGCUGGGAGAUGUCUCGGAGACCAUAAAAUAAUCGCACCGAGCCUCGAAAGCUAUUAUCGGCACGCAGAGUCAAUUUUUCCCUCGACAACAUGUAUUACUCAAAAGGAGAUCUAUAGCAUGAAGUUCACGAGGUUCAGCUGUACGAUAACAUGCGCUGAUGCGGAACACUGUAUUAAUCUAGUUUUCACUAAUUCAUUCACAUCUCCCUGCUC